UGGUAGAGCCCUGAGAGACGUGGUUCGAAACAGACUGAGCUAAUAGGGAAAUUUCCACUAGCUACUGCCAGUAGGAGCAUUUUAUACCUACACUACUAGAAGUACAUACCACGGCCUUAAAGGCUUUGUUACACCAGUUGUGGAGCACUGGCUGGAACGAGAAAUAGCCCAAUGGGCGCAUUAUUAAGGAUGAUGCCAUGUAAAAGAUUAAAUAAUACAAAUAAAUCGUAAAUAAAAAUAGAUUGCAGAUCAAAUGUUUUAUGUCACGCAACAUUGCCACUUUGUUUAUUUUACAAACGGAUGAAGCCCAUACAGAUGUAUAAGAUUCGUGUAACUGGUUAUAUUAUUACCCGCGCAUUAUUACAGCUCAACUCUUCUACAGUGAACCUUACUCGAAUGGUAACCUUUAUUAUGCAGCCACCUGUCUUAAGAGGCUACACCAUUACCAUCCCGAAUCAUAAAAUUACAAAUCGACCUGUUUUAAACAACCACUGGUCUUCAUUGGCAACAGUUUAAUACUUCCUCAGGUGGCUGUUUACGUGAGGUUUGACUGUACACACAUUGGCCUAUCCGGAAGUGGUUUAUUGACUGGUUUCGUGUAAGAAAUGUCCUAUCCCCGUCAUCAAUUUUAGUGAUGCAGAGAAGUGAAACACAAACGUGUUCAAGAUAUCAUGAUCGUAUUCCUAUAUGUGAAGUUUCAUGAAGAUCGGAUGCGAAAUGCAGUCAAGAGCGAUGACGUCAUAAUUUAUACUUUUAGUAACGAUACCACCAUGGUUUCCGGUUCAUUUGUAAGAGAGAAUAAUGAACACCGAUAGCGACAAAUCGGAUGAAGGGAGCGCGGAUGAGCAGAAUCCAGGAAAGAUGAUGGCCGAUACUCCUGACAUUGGUGACAACACUUCGUUUGGCAUGACUGGCACACCCAAUAUUGCUUCUCCCACUGAGGACACUUCCACCAGCCAAGUCGGAGCACCGACCAUCUCUACCACCAACUUCAGUGAUAAAAUGUGCACUAUUCAACUUGAUCCACCCAGUGAGAUUCCCACCACAGAAGGUGCAACAGCCAAGAAUGGAUCAGCUACCAGCAAUGUGAUAUGGUUAAAAAAGCAGGGUCCUGAUAACAGAGCAUCUCUUUCAAAAUCUCUCACUCAGGCGACUUCGAAAAUGAGGUCAAUUAAACAUUGGGGCAUCAACACAUUCAAGUGCACAAAGCAGAUGAUAGCAGAGCAGAUGCACAACUCGCCGAGAACCAUUGAUCCUGAAAUAAAAGCCAGUAUAGAGACACUGAGAGAGAAGCAGAGUCGGUACCUUCAGUUACUGAAUGUAGCUAGAGCUCUGAAAAACCACUUUUACUGCGUCAUUCAGACCCAGCGCCUGCUAGGAGAGACGUUGAUGGGUCUUGUGCAAGACACACCUGAGUUAGAGGAGGAACUCACACACAACAGUAAAACGCAGAUAUUGGUAGCCAAUAAUGGGGACACUUUCUUAGGUGCUCUCAACUUGUUCAUCUCGUCUCUGGACACUCUGUGCAACAAGACUAUGGAAGACACACUGAUGACAUGUAAACAGUAUGAAACAGCCAGGAUCCAGUUUGACGCUCACCCUCGCAGUGACAUAAACAGUAUAAUCCUAAGCAGCCCAGCAGAUUCCGAUAGUCUUCAGCGAAUUGAAGCGGCCAAGAGAGAGCAUGAAGAGUAUAAACUCAAAUACGAAAGACUCAAAGCAGACGUGGCUGUUAAGAUGAAACUGUUAGAAGAAAAUAAGGUGCAAGUGUUGCAGAGACAGCUGAUGUUGUUUCAGAAUGCCUGCGCUACGUGUUUCACUGGUGCUCUUACUCUAUCACAAAGUCAGCCAAAUUCAGAAAAAUAAUCUUGGCGUGAGCAACACGAAGAAGAUAUUUAUUUACUGAAGAAGAUAUUUAAUAAUAUAGCUUGACAUGGUGCCUUGAAAUUUACUUCAUGUGUGCUUUCCAUACCAUAAAUUCAUUUUAUUUUUAGAUAAUGUAUAAAUAUAUGAUUUUUAUUGUUAUGUUUUUAAAUCAGAUUAUAGUGAAAUAAAAAUAUAUGAUUAAU